CAGACCUGUGCUAGCGGUCCCGGGCUGCGGAAACGCUGGGCGAUGACUGUCCCUGCUGUUGAACGUCCAGAUUCCUAGCCCCGCCCCAGCGUUUGGCGGUGUCGUUAUUGUAACCACCACUAGGGGUCAGGCGUCCGCGCCUCUCACCCAUCGUGCAGUCCUGGGGGGUGGGGGAAGUUGGGCCCAGGAGAUGUCUCCUAGAACCCAAACGCCCAGCUUUGGCACUCCCACCCUUUCCUUCCCCACCCCAAUCGCAUACUAGGCCCCUCUCCUGGGAGGCAGAUGUGUCCUGUCUCCUAGAAGCAGACCUGGGACCCCCAGACGGUGGGGCUUGGCACUGGGCAAACCAGGGGAAGCUUCCACCCCUUCCCCCAGGAGGUUCAGAGCCCUGCUGGUCCACAGACUGGGUGGGACCUGCAGGGCCCUGUACAGAUUCCCGCCAAAGGAGCUCCCUCCCUCCCUCCCUGUCCACCAGAGACCACAGUGUCCAGAGGGCUGAGGCUGUCCCCAGGCUGCCCAGUGCACUUUCUGGGCACCUGCUAACCCAGCCCCAGGCAAACAUCCUGAUGGCUAACACUCCACCAUUGGUGUGCUUGGCGUCAUUCACUUAUAUAUUCAUGCGGCCUUGACUGUGUCCACUGGAGUUGAGAUCAUCCUCUAUGAGGGCAAGCACUUCACCGGGCGGAAGCUGGAGGUCUAUGGGGACUGUGACAACUUCCAGGACAGAGGCUUCAUGAAUCGGGUGAACUCCAUCCGCGUGGAGAGCGGCGCCUGGGUCUGUUUUGAUCACCCUGACUUCCGGGGCCAGCAGUUUAUCCUGGAGCAUGGAGACUACCCUGACUUCCUCCGCUGGAAUGGCCACAACGACCACAUGGCCUCCUGCCGGCCCAUAGGAAUGCAUGGAGAGAACUACCGCCUGGAAAUCUUCGAGGGCUGCAACUUUACUGGCCAGUGCCUGGAGUUUCAGGAUGACUGCCCCUGCCUGCCAAGUCAGGGCUGGUCCAAGAACUGCGUCAAUGCCAUCAAGGUAUACGGGGAUGGAGCGUGGGUGCUGUACGAGGAGCCCAACUACCGCGGCCGCAUGUACCUGGUGGAGCGGGGUGACUUCCGCAGCUUCUCGGACUGGGAGGCCCACAGCGCCCGCAUCCAGUCACUCCGCAGGGUGGUCAACUUCUUCUAGCUGGUCAGGACCAGGGCAUGCAGGGGAAGAGGGCCAGUCACUCCAGCCCCUCCUAGGGCUCAUACCUAGGGAAUAAAACAUCAUGAAAGUGGA